AAGGGGUGGCGACCUCGGGGGACAGAGGGGAUUUAAACAAACGGUGGGAAGGUGUGUUUUUUCUACGGCGGUGUGACUCCGGUGAUCUCUGUGGAGGGAAGUUCUGUGCGGGCAGUGUCGCUUUGUUGUCAUUCUUUACCGUGACCAUUCUCUUCGUUCCCGCACGUUGUUAGAAUGCCCAGACACAUAGGUUUAACUCUUGGCGUUGCCUCCCUUGUGGGUACUACAGUAGGAUGUCUCGUUCUGUGGAAACUUAUCAGUCGCCGGAGAAGACAGUGUUGUGUUGGUGUAGAUGUCAAAGACUCUUGUGCUGUGCUGAGCCAUGCAACCUCAAUCUCAGAUCACCUUCAGAAUCCUUCAGAAGUAGAGGUCUCCAGCUCUUCUGCUGUGGAGAAGAUCCUGCAGGCAGAAAUCAAGAUAGUAUCCAAAGCUGAAGAAUGGGAAGCUGUUUGGCCACUGCUGGAGAAAGAUCUUUAUGUGUUCCCAGUACUUGGUAUGGACUGUGAGUGGGUGUCUGUAGAUGGGAGAACAAAUCCCAUCUCCCUUCUACAGAUGGCUUCCCACAGUGGCUUCUGUGUUCUGGUUCGCUUGCCCCGAUUGGUCAGUGCUGGCAGCACCAUUCCAAAGACUCUCCUCACACUUCUGGCAGACGGCGAUGUGCUGAAGGUUGGCGUAGGUUGUAGGGAAGAUGCAUCCAAACUGAUGAAUGAUUAUGGCCUGUCGGUGAAAGGAGUAGUUGAUAUCCGGUACUUGGCAAUGAGACAGAGGAGAGACAUUUUUCAGACCAGCCUAAGCCUUAAAUCUCUGUCUGAGACCAUUUUAUGCUACCCUUUGGACAAGUCUUUUCAGCUUCGAUGCAGUAACUGGGAUGCAGAUGAAUUCACACAGGAUCAGGUUUUUUAUGCUGCCAGAGAUGCCCAGGUGUCCGUUGCUCUCUUCCUGCAGCUGCUUGACUUUUUUUCUCUCAGCUCUUCCCCUGCCUGGGCUUCCUUGCUGAGUAAAUGUCAAGGUCUCAUUGAUGUUCCAUUUAAAGGGAAAGGUGUUGCAAAUGGAGAUGUUAAUGGAGGAACCAGGCAGAAGAAAGAGGUCUUGUUUGAACAAUCUAGUCAGAAUUCCCCAGGCCGAGAUCCUCGAAGAAAUAAGAAAAAGCCUCUGGGCGUGGGAUACUCAGUAAGGAAAUCCCCAUUGUAUGACAACUGUUUUCUGCAUGCUCCAGAUGGUCAGCCUCUCUGUACCUGUGACAGGAAAAAAGCCCAGUGGUAUCUGGAUAAAGGAAUUGGUGAUUUGAUAAGCAGUGACCCAUUUGUAGUGAGGCUGCGCUUUGAGCCUUCUGGUCGUCCAGAAUCGAAUGUGGACUAUUAUCUGACGGUGAAGGAGAAUAUUUGUGUUGUAUGUGGCAAAAGGGAGUCUUAUAUCAGGAAGAACAUUGUGCCGCACGAGUACAGACGUCACUUUCCUAUUCAGAUGAAGGAUCAUAACUCUCAUGAUGUGUUACUACUUUGCACAUCUUGCCAUGCAGUGUCCAACUACUAUGACAACAACUUGAAACAACUACUGGCAGAGGAAUUCUGUGCUCCUAUAGGUUGUGAAGAAGGGGUUCGCAUGCUAGAAGAUGCCACAAGAAGGCAAGUGCGUUCAGCUGCGCGAGCCUUGCUCAAUGCUUCCAGGCUGCCAGAACACCGCAAAGUGGAACUCUUAGCUGAGAUCAAAGGCUUUUAUUGUGUGGAGGAGGUCACUGAAGAAACUCUUAAAGAAGCUGCAAAUUUGGAGACCAGGAUAUGCAAUGAAACUUAUACCCCACAUGGAUUAAAAGUGGUGCAGUGCUUUGCAACAGGAGGACUGAAGUCUUUAAUGGAACUUGAAAAACGCUGGCGCCAGCACUUCCUGGACAAUAUGCAACCCAAAUUUCUUCCCCAACAGUGGUCUGUUGACCAUAACCAUACCAAACUGAUCAGGAAAUAUGGUGGAGAUCUGCCCAUCAAGCUGGGCUAGAACUUGUGGAAGUCCUGACAAGACUUAUCUGAAGUGCUGCUAAGAAUGCUAUAAUUGAACUUUUACUAGAACUGUUUACACACUAGGAGCUGGCAACCAUUGGUGCUUUUACUAUUCAAAACAACAUUCAUUAUAUGUGAAUAGCUUGGAUCAUUUUUAAUUCAGCAGAAUUUCCAGAGUGCCAAUGCCUAGUUGGGUAACAUUAUCCCAGUUUUGUGGGGUUAAGCUUAAGUUAUUUUUUUAAAACUUGCUAUAAUUUAAAAUAUUUAUUAACGAUUAUCAGUUUGGCCUUAAAAGUGACAAACUUUAAGUGUUUUACCACUGUCGCUGAGGUCCAGCUUGUGUCUUUGGUGUGGAAUUAAGCUUUUGCCCGCAGUGUGAAUUUUUUUUUUCCAGCCUGCUAUUUGAAGUGUUUUGCUGACACACUAUACUAGUUGCCUGAACUGUACCUGCAUCAGUCUGCACUCAACUGUGCAUUGCCUCCCCUGCCACGGUUUAUAGUGGUUUAUUUAAAUGUUGGUCUCACAGUAGGUUUUGCCAAACACAGUGCAAAGCAUCUGACUGGUAACCUUUUUUGUAAGGACGUGCUCGGUGCUGUGCUUGGCAAAAUGCACAACUAGACCAGCUGCAAGCAUUGGGAGGGCUAAACGGUUAUGAGUGCGGCCUGAUGCAUAUGCAGCUUGCUUGGGAAGCUUCUUAAAUGUCUGUCAUAAACACUGGAUCUUUUAUCAAGCAGUUCAGCGUUUCAUCGUGUGCAUGGGCUUCUGCAAGUGAUACAAAACGAAAACGUAGCCCGUGUACUAGCCAGUAACAUGGUCCUGCUUAUAAAUUUGCAUAAAUAUCAACUAGAAAGCUCAUGCACAGAGCCAAACGUUGGCAGAAAAAAUUAACACUUGUGUGGUCAUAGUGCCUGACAUUUUCUUGUCUGUCUUUUCCCUACCCCAUGACAACCUAUGUUCCUCUAGAAAAAGGACUUCCACUUUUGUAUCAUGUAUUUGACUUCAGUGAAUGGGGUUAUACUUAUUACAGCCUUUGUUUUAUUCUUCUGCAUGACUUGUGGAUAAGUCUGAUCUUCAUAUCUUUAAAUAUCAUUUAAAAAGCAUAAAUUUCUUAAUAUUAA